CUCCAUCUUGGUGUUCUUCAACUCUCCUACUGGAGUUAUUGUUAAUUAUUGUGUCCUCUUCAUCUAUACCCGGGCAUGUCCCUGCAUUUGUCCCUGAUACAGCUGAUUGGGAGGACUUCUACUAGGAGUACCGGCUAAAACACGUUUGCUAUUCUAGAGCUCGAGCAUGGACCAGGUCGAUGAUCCUGCUCUUGCAUCGCUGUCUUUGACACAUGUUCGCUAUAAUCCCAAUGACCCGGUAUCGUACCUGUCUGCAUGGCUAGCACUAGUUCCACAGGGUCUCUGUGUGGCCUAUGUGACGCUGAUAUGGGCCACACGGGAGGUUGAGAUCCUUCUCAUGUUUACGGGUCAGAUGGCCUGUGAAGCUCUCAACUUCGCUUUGAAGCGUUUGAUCCGCGAGGAAAGACCACACCAAAUGCAUGGAAAGGGGUAUGGCAUGCCAUCAUCCCACUCACAAUUUGUGGCAUUCUUUUCGGUCUCACUUACUUUGUUCUUGCUCAUUCGGCACGUACCCGCUCGGUCGACGAGUUAUUCGCCGUCGACAUUCUCGGAACGACUACUUCUUUCUCUUGUGGCCUGCCUGGGUACCGGAGCUGUGGCCGCCAGUCGGGUGUAUCUGAACUACCACACACCAAUGCAGGUCGGUGUAGGGGCGGGCGCUGGAGCCAUGUUUGCCCUGUUCUGGUUUUCCUUUACCUCGUAUUUGCGUCAAUCGGGGUGGUUGGAUUGGGCACUGGACACCUGGCUGUCCCGCAAACUCAGAUUUAGGGAUCUCAUCACGACAGAAGAUCUUCAGGAUGCUGGUUGGGGUCGAUGGGAAUCAAGGCGAAAAGCGAGGCGAGAGACUGGCACAGACGGGGCAAGCAAGAAGAGUAGAUGAUGGUUGACAUCGUAGGGGCAACAGAACCGAUGCACUGGCCUGGGAUGAACACAUGGCCUUAUACUAGGGAGUAGCGCGUUAGCCAGGAAGCCUAUGCCAACCCUACCUACCACUACAAUCUUGUCUAUGCAUCGUCUAACCCAGGUACUCCCUAUUAUCAUAUGUUUGAAGACUAUCCAGGCACUCGAUACUCCUUUGUAACCCCAGACACACCUCUUACACUUUAG